GUGACGUCACCCACAACAACAUCAUUGUCCGUAUACUCAGCCUCGCUUCGUCUUAACGUGCUGAAGGAUACAUUAGUCACACAUCUAGUGAUUUACACAUUCACAGAAUAAACUAGAUAGGACGUUAUCUAGACAUUAUGCGACAGCUACUCGCGCCUAUAGGACGUUUACUGUCAAGCAGAUGUAAUAAACUCGUUGCUAACACUGAGGAUUUUAUCAUCGGGCUUUGAUUUGACUGGCUGCGAAAGUGUGAAGUGCAACACUUACUGUGAAAUUAAGUUGCCAAAAUACUCAUGUGUAAAAUGAGUACUCAAUAGAAAAUAUUUGAUAUAGAAAUCGACAUGGGUGGUCAUUAAUCUCACGAUCACCUUUAUAAUCUCUAUGCAUUUAGCUAUUGUUUAUCUUUGUAAGAAGGAGCUUGAGUAGAUCGGAUCCAGGAUGACGGACACGCUGGUCCUCUCCUUCCAGACUCGGCUGUCUGCGGUCAUGGAGACGGUCCUCAAGACCACCAUGUACGAGAUCACCCGGCUGGUGGAGGAGAGCUUCUUGGAGCAGAUGGAUCGAGGCAAACGAGAGACGGAGGCGUUCAGACGGAGGCUGAUAUUGUCGGAGGCCAAACUGAGAGAACGGGAGAGGUUUAAGAGGGUGAGGUGCGUGGACUGUGGUCGGACAGCGGUGUCCAGGAGGAGGAUGCUACACAGAGGCCCCGAAUCACAGAGCAGUCUGGACCACCCACUUGUUGUAAAGCAGGAAAGUGCCUCUGACAGCAGGUGCAGUCCCAAGGGAAGUGCAAAUCAGGAGAAGACUUCAACAGAAUCUAAACAAAAUACUGUUCAAGUGUGUGAACCUAAACAUAGAGGAGAAGUGAAAGAGGAAGCAACAGAGCCUAGAGACCCGCAAGCUCAUCUUGUGAUACAUCCUCAAAUACACAAACAAAAAGAUCCUUCAGCCUGUGUUAAAGAGACCAAUGGACUCCGCAAUCCAGAUUCUGACCACAAACCAGGAUGCACAUCUUUCACUGAAAGACCAGGGGAUGAAAAUGAGGUCAGACAAAGAAACCUCCCAAAAUGGUUUGACCCUAAAACAGACCCUUCAGCACGGUCUUCUGUUUCACAGCCAGAACCAGUCGGGUCCUCAGUAUCUUCAGAGUCUCCGGGUUUGAGACCGCAAGUGGGCAGCAUUGACUCAGGGCCUGUUAAACAGGAAGUUGUAGUGAUGCUUCCACCAGACUGGGAAGAUAUGGAAAGGAUCAGGCCUCCGGUGGUUUCUGCUCAUAACAGUGCUAAGAAAGCACAGUCAGAUCUUCAGCCUGGAGAUCCUCUGCCCGCUAGACCUCAAGUACAGGAGCGGGUUUCCUAUCCUGCGCCUCCCAUCAAGGUUCAGAGCCUUGCACCACAAACCAUGCAGCAUCUCAGAACACCCGUUAGAAAGAACGCAAAAAUCCUUCUACAUCCCAAUUCAGUUAUGACGGAUCAGAUAGACCGGGCACAGUCCAUCUGCAAAGCCCUUCCUGCUACUAAACUUCCUCAUGUCCGUCAGUAUCCUGAAGGAGCCGCUACAGGUGAAAGAAAUUUCAGUACUGUACACCCAGUAAGAAAUCCGCCACAGAUGGUUAGUAUGAGGGUUCAAGGGGACAUGCGGCACCAUUCGGCGAAGACGAUGCACAAUUGCAGCCAGUGUGGAAAAGGCUUCUCUCAUCUGUGUCACCUCAGAGCUCACCAACAGAUUCACACAGGUGAGAGGCAGUUCUGCUGUACCAUCUGUGGACGGAGUUUCACCAAACUGAGUAACCUGAAAGCACACCGCAGGGUUCACACCGGUGAGAGACCUUACAUCUGCACAGACUGUGGGAAAAGGUUCACUCAGAAAUGCAACUUGAAGAGACAUCAGAAAAUUCACUCUGAACUCACUCAUACUAAUGUAUGACGAGACGUGGAGGUGUGAUAGUGGUAGAAUCUGUUAUUUUACACAUUACACAUAUUAGUUGAUGUUUUGCUGACUGGCUAAUUUA